CUUAGGCUUGGUGACAGUGAUUUUAUGUCGAUUGCAAAUGGAAAUGGAGAAUCUGCAUUUCAAGGAUAAGGGUGUCACUGGCUAGGCCAGCAUUUAAUGCCUACCCCUAAUUGUCCAGAGGACAGUUAAGAAUCAACCAUAUUGCAGAAGGUCUGGAGUCACCCGAAGGCCAAACCAGGUCAUCAAACCUAACAACAUCCAUAAAAACAAUGGCUGAAGGCUCAAAUCUAAAAGAAAACACAGGAUUUUCAGUUAGAACAAGAGGAGUCACAGGACCAAACUGCGCUGUCAGUGACAUCCUGAAAAAGUGCAAUGAUUACCAACUGUUACAGUUGACAAAAUUCUACCAGGACAGACUCGAGCAGGCAGUGGAAGGAGGGGUGGAUGGAGUCAGCUCAUUGUUGACUUAUGAGAAUCAUUUCAGUGGCCAAGAGCAUAAGAAAAUUACCAUGCUUGUGGAGAAGGGUGACAGGGCAGAAAGCUCAAAGAUUCUUCUAAAGAUGGUGAUGGGGAAAGGGUCUGCAGCCAGAAGGGCAAUGUGGACAUCCUUCACAAAAAUGCGCCAAGGAGUGCCAAAGUUGGACAAAAUACUGAAAGAAAUUGAAGAAAUGGAUUUUGAUGCAUUUCAAAAAUUAAAUAUUGCACAAAGUCCAUCUGGAGUCCCCGAAGAAUUGAAAGACAUUCAACAGAAACACAAGGAAACACUCCGUCAACAAACUGAAACACUGAGCGUGAACACUAUCCUAAUUAAGACAAAGUAUAAGAUUUUUCAAUUGGUUGAUCGAUACGUUGAGCUAACUAUCAUUUCUACUGUUCGGGAUCGGAAACUGGUCGAACAUGAACUGCUGGCAAGAGGCGGAGACCAUGGAAAGUGGAGAGAGAAACAUCUCCGAAGAGAUCUGGAAAAAGUCCGAAUUGAGCAAUUGUUUCAAAGCAAUAUUUCCCAGUUUGGAAGCCUGCUGCAGAAAAUGAAGCAUUUCUUUGGGCUGUCGAAUUCUGGGAUUUCAGCAUCAGUGAGUGGGGUCCCAGGGAUUGGAAAAACAACAAUGGUACAAAAGGUGGUCCAUGAUUGGGCUACUGGGAAAAUAUAUCCACAGUUUCAAUUUGUUUUCAGUUUUAAAUUCUGCGAUUUGAACAAUAUUAACCACAGAAUAAACCUGAGGAAUCUGAUAUUGAAUCAGUAUCCUUACUUUGGGAACGCUCUGGGAGAGGUCUGGAAGCACCCAGAGGGUUUGCUCUUCAUAUUUGAUGGUUUGGAUGAAUUUAAGGACAGUAUCAGUUUUGAAGAUAAUCAAAGAAGUACAGAACCACAUUCCAUGUGCACAGAUCCCCAAUUCCCUUGUGAAGUGUCUGACAUUGUAUCGAGUUUAAUCCAGCACAAGCUGCUCCCAGGAUGUUCAGUGCUAGUAACCAGCCGUCCCACUGCAUUCCAUUUAUUGGAAAAGGCUGAGAUCAGUGUCUGGGCUGAAAUUCUGGGAUUUGUUGGUGAUGAACGGAAGGAAUAUUUCCAGAGGUUUUUUUCAGAUCCGCGGUUGGCUGCAGCAGUUUUCAGACACGUGGAGGAAAACGAGAUCCUGUACACCAUGUGCUACAACCCUUCGUACUGCUGGAUCCUCGGUCUGUCACUGGGUCCCUUUUUCACACAAAAAGACAGGACACAGCAGCAAGUUCCCAAGACCAUCACCCAACUAUAUUCCUACUUUAUUUAUAACAUUUUGAAAAACCAUAGCCGAGCAAUUGAAAACCCCCGUGAUGUAUUACUGAAGCUUGGUGAGAUGGCCUUCAAAGGAGUCUCUGAGAAAAAGGUUGUGUUUAGAAUUGGAGAUUUGAUCCAGUACAAUCUGCAACCCUCCCAGUUCCUGUCUGGAUUCCUGAUGGAAGUUUUGGAAGGUGACGUUUCUGCCCAGCAUGUGGUUUACACGUUCCCACACCUCACCAUCCAAGAAUUCAUAGCUGCACUUACACAAUUCUUGACUCCAGAUCCUGAGGACAUGAGGAAACGCCUCAGUGCAGCCCACAGUGAGGAAGAUGGGCGAUUUGACGUAUUUCUGCAUUUCGUGACUGGCCUCUGCUCCCCACAGUCAUCUCGACCUCUGGAGGAGUUUCUGGGUCCGUUUUCACAUAAAACGACUUGCGAAGUGAUCGACUGGGUGAAGGAGAAUUUUGUAGCACAUGUUGGAAAUACAGAGAGUAAAGUCGGCAAAAGGAACCUCCUGAGUGCAUUGCAUUACCUAUUUGAGUCUCAGAACACUGCACUGGCUCAUAGCACAGUUGGUUCAAUAAAAACACUUAAAUUUGGCGAUUCAAACCCCCAUAAUGCUUUGCGAUUGACCCCUAUUGAUUGUGCAGUUAUAUCUUCAGUUAUUGGAUUGUGUGAGACAAUAUGUUAUCUUGAUCUACAAAACUGCUACAUUCAGCAUGAAGAACUGCAGCAGGUGGCACCCCUACUAUACAAGUGCCAGCAUUUGAGGCUAAGUAAUAAUGAACUAGGAGGCUCAGGACUGAAAUUACUGUGUUCAGCUUUGCAGAAUUGUGAUUGUAAAAUACAGAAACUGGAGUUGCAAUCUGUUGCUGUCACUGAAUCUUGUGUUGUGGAUUUCGCCUCUGCUCUCUGUGCAAACCGAUCAUUAACAGAUCUGAACCUGAGUAUUAAUAAACUGGGAGAUGUUGGAAUCAAGCAUCUGUCUGUUGCUUUAAGGCACUCAGAAUGUAAAAUACAAGAUUUGCAGUUGACAGUGGUUGAUCUCACGGACUCUUGUGCCUUGGAUCUCUCUUCUGCUCUCAACAUAAACACGUCAGUGAAAAUUCUGAACCUGAGUUACAACAAACUGCGGGAUUCAGGACUAAGAAUAUUUUCUGCAUUUCUGAAGAAUCCAGAAUGUAAAUUACAGGAUCUACGCUUGGAUGAAAAUUGUCUUACAGAUGAUUGUGCUAAAGAUUUGACCUCAGCACUCAGUACAAACCGGUCUCUGGUUGUUCUGUCCCUUGAAUCAAACUUCUUCACAGACCAAUCUGUCCCUUCAUUCCGCCAUCUCAUACUGACCUGCAGGAGUCUGGUGCAUGUUAGGCUGUGGGGAAAUAAGUUCAGCAGAAGGGGACAGAGAGACCUGAAAUCACUGGUGGAAUCCAGACCUGGAUUAACGCUGGGGAUAGAUACGUUCAUUUCAUAAAAACUAACAAUUUAAUUGUCUGGAUAUUGCAGCCAAACUUCAGUCCUGUAUGUUCAUGCUCCACCUUCAUAUCCUAUAAGGGGCAUCUCAUCUCCAUCUGUGCAAGUCUUAUCUUCCAAUGUGACAUCAGAUGCCCAAUAUCAAUGUCAUGUGACUCUGCUUCAUUCCAGAAACAGCGUCAGGAGGAACAUAUGAACAAGAAACGAGAAUAAGCCAUUUGGCCAUUCAAGCUUGCUGUGCCAUUCUAUAAGGUCACGGCUGACCUGAUUUUAACCUCAACUGUACAUUCCUGUAUAUCCCCUAACAAUCUUUCAUCUGUUGGGACCCUCACUACUUUUAUUUUUCUCAUUCUAGCUUUAGACCUGUGAGUCAAAGUUGAGAAUUGAACCUUGAACUUGGAACAGCAGCUUUUUACAAAAAAAAGAAUGAACAAAUGAGUGUUUGCUGCUGGGAACUAGGACUGCAGAUGCUGGCACUGUGAGGCAGCGGUGCUAACUACUAUGCCACCGUACUGCUCUUACUGAAAGACACAUAUUGUGUUUUCCUUUAUCAGUCAGAGCAUCGAGUACAGGAAUUGCAAGAUCAUGUUGCGACUGGACAGCACACUAUUUGGAGAUGCCGGUGUUGGACUGGGGUGUACAAAGUUAAAAAUCACACAACACCA